AUGGCAUCGGUAAUUGAAGAUAAUAUGAGUUUGGAUAGAGAACCAGAAGCUGAGAGCUUAGCGCAGCGAGAAAAAAGUACUACUAUAAUAUCUCCGAAUCAGCAUGCAUUGGUUCGUUUACCUUCUGAAGGUUUAAAAAUUAUUGAUUUGAAACCUGGUGGGAUAAUCAGCUUGGGAAAAUUUGGAACCUUUGCUGUGGAUGAGAUACUUGGAUAUCCAUUUGGACAAACGUUUGAGAUUCUUGAGGAGUUGAAGGUGAAGCCAAUCAAAAGUAUGACUAUGCAAGCAGACGAAACACUGGUGGAUAACGAAAAUGAAGAAUUAACUAAGGAUGAGCUCACCAAAAUGUUAUCCAACAGUUCUGAUAAUAAUCAAAAUAUCAUCAACAUUGGAUCCAAAAUCCAGAAAUUGACCUCUGAGGACGUAGACAAGUUGAAACAAACAGGUGCUACUUCAGACAUUGGACAGAGAAUAAUUGAGCAGAUGAUUGCCGGUCAUGAAGGAUUUGAUAAGAAAACAUUAUUCUCUCAACAAAAAUAUUUAAAGAGAAAGCAGCAAAAGUUCUUGAGAAGAUUUACUGUUGAGUACCUUGGCUCUUCGCAAUUAUUGCAAUAUUAUAUUGAGAAAGACACUCAACGUGUUCUCGAUAUGAGUGAAGAAACAUUGGGUUUGUUGUUGAACUAUGCAAAUGUCAGACCUGGUGGUAAAUAUUUGUUAAUUGAUGAAACUGGUGGUAUAAUUUUGUACGCAAUGAUGGAAAGAAUGAACGGACAAGGUACCAUCGUAAGUGCCCACGACAAUGAGCAUCCAAAUCACAUUGCAUUGAGAUAUUCUGAUUAUCCUGAAGAAUUACAAAAUAGAAUGGUCAAAAGCAUAAAUUGGCUUCAAUUUUUAGAGCCGGAGAAUGAAAAAGUAGAAUUCGAAACUGCAACUGAAGAGGAGAUAGAAGAGAUGAAAAAUGCUAAAAGAGCUCAGUACUACCGUCGUGAACAAAGAGCUAAAAAUAUUAACUCUGUUAUUGACAUGGUAAUGGAAGGUAAUUUUGAUGGUUUUAUUUCUGUGAGUACUUUAAAUAUGCCUACGUUGUUGCCAGAAAUCAUCCCCACAAUUGGUGGGUCAAGACCAGUCGUUAUUUACAGUCAAUUCAAGGAAGCCUUAUUAGAGACUCAGCAUCAUAUGUCUACUGACAAAAGAAUCUUAGCGCCUUCAAUCAUGGAGACUAGAGUCAGACCACACCAAACUAUCCCGGGUAGAAUGCACCCUAUUAUGUGUAUGCGAGGAUUUGGGGGGUAUGUAUUAUGGGGUACAAGAGUUUUCCCAAAGGAAAGUGGUAUAACGGCUGUAGGAAGAGGUUCAGGUAAAUCAAAAAAAGAAAAGCCAGAACAAACACCAGAGGCAAGUUCUCAACAAGCAUCUGUAUAA